AUGGAUAGUGCUGACACUAGUCAAAAGGGGUCCUACAUAACCAACCUUGUCCGCAGCGCCUCUCCGGCGCACAUCUCCUCCGUUGACAUUCUGUCGCGUCGCGCACCUCCCGAGGAAGCCUCAUCACCCGUCACGUUCAACUCGUUCGUUGAGAAAGACACGGCGAAAUGGCCUGCGCACAUCCAGUCCCUUGCUCCGCCACCGUCGAUCUACUUUUCAGCGCUCGCGACGACUAGAGGUAAUGCAGGUGGGUUUGAGAACCAGUACAAGCUGGAGCACGAUUUCAAUCUCGAGCUCGCAAAAGCUGCUAAAGCGAAUGGUAUCAAGACAUAUGUCCUCAUAUCGACAGCCAAUGCCAAUGCAAAGUCCUCAAUGGGGUACAUGCGUAUGAAGGGUGAGAUCGAAGAUGCAGUCAAGGCCAUGGACUUUGAUCAUACCAUCAUUCUCCGCCCGGGCCUGAUUGCCGGUCAUCGCCAGGAGAGCAGACCCAUGGAGGCCCCUAUUCGAUGGAUCGCGGCUGGUUUGGGCGCGAUUAGUACGCACUACCUCAAGGAUCCGUGGGCUCAGGAGGCCGAAGUCAUUGCAAAGGCAGCCGUGAGUGCUGCCCUCAAAGCUCAAAAUGGCGAGCUGAAAGACAAGGUUGUCUAUAUGCAUGGAUCGGAGAUCAUUCAGUACGGCAGGACUGGCUGGAAGGAUCUAAAGUAG